UUAUAAACCUAAAAACCCUAUUAACCCCUCUCUCACUUUCUCUCUCUACAACUUCUCUUUUUCUCUCUCUACAACUUCAAUCAACAUGUCCACCAGCACCGAUCACCACGAAGAGGAAGAUGUCCCCGCCGGAGACGACGAAGAUACCGGCGCUCAGGUUGCUCCGAUCGUCAGACUCGAAGAGGUUGCUGUAUCCACCGGAGAAGAAGAGGAAGAAGUUAUUCUCGACCUCAAAGCGAAACUGUACCGUUUUGACAAGGAUGGGAAUCAGUGGAAGGAACGAGGUGCUGGAAGUGUGAAGUUUCUGAAGCAUAAAGUGACUGGAAAAGUGAGGCUUCUCAUGAGACAAUCUAAGAUUCUCAAGAUCUGCGCGAAUCACCGCAUUUUGCCUAACAUGACUGUGCAAGAGCAUGCUGGGAAUGAGAAGUCUUGUGUUUGGCAUGCAAGGGACUAUGCUGAUGGUGAAUUGAAAGAUGAGCUUUUCUGCAUUCGAUUUGCUUCAAUUGAAAAUUGCAAAAAGUUCAUAGAAACAUUCCAAGAAAUUGCCGAAUCGCUGAAGAAAGAGGAAAACGAGGAAGUAACUGCUGCUGCUGAACUCCUUGUGAAAUUGAGUGUUGAUCUGAAAUCAGAUGCAGAAAAGAAAGAUGCAGAAAAGAAAGAUGAAGAGAAAUCUGAGGACAAAACUAAGGAGCAAGAAUCUGCAACAGAAAAAGAAAGCAAAGGAGAUUCAGAGAAGGAAGUUAAAGAGUCUGGUUCAUCUGCUUGAUUAUGAUCUCUGUUCAUAUUUCCAGCACAAGGCAAUAUGACAAGGUUAGGUGGUUAACCCAUGUGCCACUCUUAUCAUUAAUCUCUCAUAGUCCUAGUCUUUGGAUUGUUUUGUUGCUUUGCUACGUUAUUGAGUGGUCCAUAUCCUUUGUUGAGUUAUUGUCAGCAAAGUAGGUUUUGAGUCAGGUUUGAAUCCCCGAAUCUAAUGAUUCGCGCAUUCGGAGUCUGGAGUUAUUUACAUUCUAUUCAUGUAUUUGUCAUUGAAUUUUGAGUGAGUCAUGUUGCUGUCGGGGAUGGGGGAAGGGUGCAGUCGGGAAUUAGUAGUGGUAAAUUACUAUAAACAAAGGUUUUGAAUGCAUAUUGCUGAGUAUAACUUUUUAUA